AGAUGUACGUGCUAUCCUUCACGGUUGGCAGGAACUAGUCAGUUUCACCAGCAGAGGGCAGAGCUUCUAUGGUGUAAUGGUGUGUGGUGUUUAUGUCUGUCUUUGCUGAGUGUACUUUAAUACGGAACAGAGACGGGCCUUUUCACGACAGGACUUUACGACACGGCCACGGGUCUGUUUAUAAACAUUUGCACGAAGCUACAGAGGACUGCAAAAUAAUUCUAAUGAUUCUUCUUCAAUUUACCUCAAGGAGGCUGGUAUCGCAUGUGUGCAGAUUAACAAACUCUGUAUCCAGACAAAGAAGUUUAGUUGAGAUGGCUCGUCCUAGCUCAGAUAUGGCUGAAUUCCGACAGAUCUUUGCCAAAGCCAAACACAUAGCAGUCAUUACUGGAGCUGGUGUCAGUGCAGAAAGUGGAGUUCCUACCUUCAGAGGAGCAGGAGGCUAUUGGAGGAAGUGGCAAUCCCAGGAUUUGGCCACACCAGAAGCAUUUUCAAGGAACCCUUCCAGAGUAUGGGAAUUCUACCACUACCGCCGGGAGGUGAUGCUGACCAAGAACCCAAAUCCUGCUCACCUGGCCAUUGCAGAAUGUGAGGCGAGACUCAGCAAGCAGGGACGGACAGUGAUAGUCAUCACACAGAAUAUAGAUGAGCUACACAAGAGAGCCGGCUCCAAACACAUGUGGGAGAUUCAUGGAAGUUUAUUCAAAACCAGAUGCAUCACCUGUGGAAAUGUUACAGAGAAUCACAAUAGUCCAAUAUGUCCUGCAUUAGAGGGAAAGGGUGCCCCUGAUCCAGAUACAGAUGAUGCCAGGAUACCAGUUGAAAAUCUGCCAAGGUGUGAGGAAAAUGGCUGCAAUGGCCUGCUACGCCCCCAUGUUGUGUGGUUUGGAGAGACAUUGGAUUCAAAUGUCUUGACUCAGGUGGAAGAGCAACUUGAAAUGUGCGACCUCUGCCUUGUUGUCGGUACCUCUUCCAUAGUCUAUCCUGCUGCCAUGUUCGCCCCUCAGGUAGCAGCUAGAGGUGUGCCAGUGGCAGAGUUCAACAUGGAAACCACACCAGCCACUACAAGGUUCAGGUUUCAUUUUCAGGGUCCCUGUGGAUUGACUUUGCCACCUGCGCUGGCUCGCCAUGACAGCGAAAUAAUCUCGUGAACAUAGAAAGAUAAAAUAAAGCAAACUCGAAAAGCACCUAAAACAACAAGUAGUAAUCAUAUGUAAAUUUGACAUUUGUUUAAAGGUGUUCAAAUUACUGCUGCACUUUUAAAACAGAUACUGAAGUUUCAUGUGUAAUUUCUUGUAAGGGGUUCAGUGAGGCCCACAGCCCCACAUUAGUUAUGACAGGGUCUGUAUGCUUCAUUGAUUUAAUCAUUGUGAUUAACAUGCAAUAAUUUCAGUGUGACAUGUAAACUCGCCUUUCAAAUUAUAUACAAUUAUCAUAAUAAAUAAUCUAUGCCUCUUU